AUGAUGGAUUCCAGGUGGCUGCGCGUACUAGGCGUUGCUGCAUCGCUCGUUCGGUGUGCCGAGGGGGACGGGAAGGCCUUGAGCGUGCCUCCCAGCGAGAAAUGGUAUGGUGACGAUGGGACGUGGAGCGCUGUAUCACUACGCGUGGGGACGCCUCAGCAAUGGAUAGAUGUCAUGGUGAGCACCGCAAGCUCGGAGACGUGGGUCGUCGGCGAUGGCGGAUGUGGUCCUGGUGAUACGCAGUGCGUCUUCACGAGAGGGGGGACUUUCGCUCCAUCAAAGUCCUCGACAUGGAAAGACCAAGGACUCUACGAGCUCGGAGCCAGCCAACAGCUGGGCAACAACGGAGUUGGAUUGUAUGGUCUUGACACUCUGACUUUUGGCGGCUCUGGCGUUACUAUCUCAUCUGCUAUUAUUGGUGCUUUCAACGGGACUGGGCCAAUUCAUGGGGCCUCAUAUUUGCUGGGGUUUUUCGGUGUCGGUAUUAUUCCUGGAGCCUUUAACAAUAUCGCUCCAUUGAGUGCCGUCAGUGCCUUGGUCGAAGAAGUUGGGGCUAUACCAAGUUAUAGCUGGGGGUAUACCGCUGGAGCGCAUUAUCGACAAAAAGGGACAGUCGCUUCCUUAACACUUGGUGGUUUCGAUCUCAACCGCUUCAUCAACCACGAUACAAACUUCAACCUGAACGCGGCAAAGCAGCUUUUGACUUCCAUCAACAAAAUCACCGUUUCCUCUUCCCAAGCUUCCAACAAUUGGACCGCCCCAGUGCAACUCUUGAGCACCACGGAUCAGGUAUCCGCGGUAUUUGACAGUUCCACUCCAUUCUUGUGGCUACCGCCAUCAGUUUGUGAGCGCUUUGCAACGGCUUUGGGCUUGAGUUACAACACUUCACUGAAUCUGUACACUUUUGACGACAAUCCAUCUCAGCAUGAUGUACUCGCUGCAUCGCAACUUUCCUUCACGUUCACCUUCGCCGACAUGUUAUCAGCACCAUCCACUGUCGACAUCACACUUCCAUACGACGCUUUCGAUCUACAGCUUAAAUAUCCUGCAAUCCCUGGCACCGGUUUCGGCGACCCGGACGCUACUAAAUAUUACUUUCCAUUGCGUCAAGCAGAAAACGAGGCUCAGUACACCAUCGGUCGAGCCUUCCUACAAGAAGCAUACUUAAUCGCUGACUACGAACGCAACACUUUCUCGAUCUUCCAAGCACUCCACCCUUCAGACUCGGUUACCAAUACUAGCAUUCACGAAAUCAAUCCACCCUCAGACAGCCCUUUGACCGGCGGCCCAGGAACACCCAAAGCUUCAAAGCUCACAACAGGAGCGAUAAUAGGUAUAUCAGCUGGUGCUUUUGUUAGUGUUGCUUCUAUGGCCGUUGCCAUUGUCUAUUUAUGUUUCCGCAAACGACAGAAGCAAGCAAGAGACAGCGAUUCCGAGAAGUCAUCCUCUUCGUCACCCUCCUCGCUACCUCGCAGCGGAUCUCCCCUUGACCACGAGGUUAAUCACAAAGCGACUCCUCCACCAAUUCAUAUCCACGAAGUUGAUGGCAACACAUCCUACCCAACUGAGGUCGGAGCAGACGCAACACACGAACGUUUCGAGCUCCCCGCUCCCCUGGGUCCCGUAGAACUCGACGGUGAGUCAUGCGGUUCAACGCAAGACUCGUCAUAUCUCUCCGCCUACGAAUGUGCCAGGAGAAAAAUGGAGCGGCAGCAAGCAGAAUUCGCUGCAACGCAAGGAGCAGGUGCAAGUCCUCCCCGGGUGGAAAAAAGCGAAACGGACAUCUCCCACAUGGGUCAUUACCGCGCCCCAGAUACGGAGAACCAGCACUUCCGUGCAAGUACCUCUUCUGAGACGCAAGGAGAUUCUCCGCCCAUAUACGACAGGAUCAACCCAGCGAACGUUGUAUAUGCUGGACGACUGCCUGAUAAUGUGCAACCUCCCGGUCUUGCACCCCCUCUAUUUGGGCGCGAUGGUCGAGUGUAUCGCCCCGAGGUCUCUGGUCCCCCGCCUGACAUGAACACAAAUAGCUCGCUCGGAAGCGAAUUGACUUUCGAUGCUUUCUACAGGAACCUCUGCAGUGAAAGCUCCGGUUCAAAUACGGACCUCUAUGGUGCAAGCACCGGAUCAAUAGGCUCGCAUCUUGUGUCUCCCUUACAGAGUGCCCCAUCAGAAUCCGGAGCUCGCAUCGGGGGUACGAAUACCGUAUCUCCGCUGGAUAACUCGUCUCCAGAUGCACUGUGGUCUGAAAGGGCGGGAUAUGCACAAGGGGGAUCGAGUCGGGAGAACCCGGUCUUGGAUCAAUUGAGUAGCAGGAACAGGCUAGAUGGAGAGGAUUUGAUCCAUGUGCCACAGCUUGCCGAAAGGAGAUUCAGUUGGGAGCAUGAACGGACAAGGACCUGA